GUGAUGCAGACAUCCUCUGACGGAGGGAAGUGCGGGACAUUGUGCGCUGUUAGAGGAAGGAACAACCUUGUUUAUCAACUCCAAAAUCCCCCCUUUAGGUGGGCAAACAAGUUGCAGAUCCAAGCACGUUGCUGGUAAUAUUCCGAUGAGGCGGGGCUGAGCGUGCUGGAUCGUUUUGGAUGAACCAGCAGCAGCAGGGCGGUCAGAUACUGCAGCAGCGGGGGUCCUGCCGCUGGCUCCGUUGUUUUCUCAUCACUUCAGACUGAAACAUGAAUUCAGCCGAACAGACUGUGACGUGGCUUAUUACUCUGGGGGUCCUGGAGUCCCCCAAGAAGAGCAUCUCGGACCCAGAGGCUUUCCUGCAGACGUCUCUGCAGGAUGGAGCGGUGUUGUGCAGACUGGUGGAGCGACUCCGACCCGGGACGCUGGACAAGUUUUUCCAGGAACCCAGGAGCGACAGCGAGUGUCAGAGGAACAUUGGAGAGUUUAUCAAAGGCUGUGGCGCUUUCGGCGUGGAGCCUUUUGAGGUCACUGACCUGCUGCAGGGACUGAACUUCCCCAAAGUGCUGAACUCCUUGGUUGCUCUUAACAAAGCAACUGAAAAUUUGGGCGUUUCUGGGGACACCGUGUGUGUGUCCCACUCCUCCACUUUGAGGAUCAAGUCUUUUGACUCUCUGAACACACAGAGUCGCUCCUCUAAACUGCUGCAGCCUCAGUACCGCAGCCUGGACAUGUCGGAGGGGAGUGCAUGUGGCCAGUUUCUGGUCAAAGCACGCUUCCCCUUCCAGCAGACCAACGAGGACGAGCUCUCCUUCUGCAAGGGUGACAUCAUCAUGGUGAACAGGCAGGAGGACGGGGGCUGGUGGGAAGGAUCGCUGAACGGCAAGACCGGGUGGUUCCCCAGUAACUAUGUUCGGGAGUUGAAAGGAAGCGAUAAAACGCUAGAGAAGCCAAAGUCUGGGACGCUAAAAAGUCCACCCAAAGGCUUCGACACCACCAUCAUCAGCAAAACCUAUUACAAUGUGGUCCUGCAGAACAUCCUGGAAGCAGAGACUGAAUAUUCCCGGGAGCUGCAGAGUCUCCUGGGAUCAUACCUUCGCUCCCUUCACCCCACAGACAGACUCGGCAGUGUUGACAUCGGCCACAUUCAGGGAAAUCUGGAGGAGAUCUCAACCUUUCAGCAGAUGUUGGUUCAGUCCUUAGAUGACCAGACCAAACUUCCCGAGAACCAGCAGAGGAUUGGGGGGUUCUUCCAGAACCUGAUGCCGCAGAUGAAGAUCAUCUACAUGGCUUACUGCUCCAAUCACCCGUCUGCUGUCAGCGUACUCACACAGCACAGUGAGAAGCUGGGGGAGUACAUGGAGUCAAAAGGAGCAUCCAGUCCUGGGAUUUUAACGCUGACUACUAGUCUGAGUAAACCCUUCACCAGACUGGAGAGAUACCCAGCACUGCUGAAAGAACUGGAAAGACACAUGGAAGAACAACAUCCUGACAGAGCUGACCUCCAUGCUGCCAUGGCAGCCUUUAAAGACCUUGGAGCUCAGUGUCAGGAGGUGAGGAAGAAGAAGGACCUUGAGCUGCAGAUUUUAACGGAGCCCAUCAGAAACUGGGAGGGGGAUGAUAUCAAAACUCUCGGCCCCGUUAUUCACAUGUCCCAGGUCACAGUCCACACGCAGAACUGUCAGGAGUCAAACGAACGCUACCUCGUCCUCUUCCCUCACACGCUGAUCAUGCUCUCCGCCAGCUUGAGGAUGAGUGGAUUCAUCUUCCAAGGGAGGAUUCCUUUAUCAGGAAUUCUCAUUUCCAGAAUUGAGGAUGGAGAGAACUUGAGGAUGGCUUUUGAAAUAUCAGGCGGCCAGUGUGAGAGGAUGCAGGUUGCCUGCAUCAGUCAGCGUGAUCUACAGGACUGGCUGGACCUCCUCACCAAACACACACACAUCACUGCACCAGCGCACACACACCUGCCCAAGCCUCAGUCCGUCUGUCACACACUACCCUCUCACCCCAUCACUCCCUCCAGAUACUCGGAGUCCCGGGGAGGGAGCAGUGGAAACUCUUACCACACCCUUCCUCAUCUCUCCUCGUACGAAAUGAGCCAGAGUGGCAGCCCCAUGUGGGGGCCCCUGGAGCCACUCAGCACCCCCAAACCCUGGAGCCAGAGCUGCCUUCGCCCCGCGCCUCCUCUGCGGCCCUCUGCCGCUCUGUGCUUCAAGGAGGAUAUGAGCAAGAGUCCCAAAAACAUGAAGAAGCUGCUCCCUAAGAGGAAACCAGAAAGGAAACCUUCAGAGGAGGACUUUGGCGUCAGAAAGAGUACUGCGGCUCUGGAGGAGGACGCCCAGAUACUGAAGGUGAUCGAAGCGUAUUGCACCAGCGCCAAGACCCGGCAGACGCUCAACUCGACCUGGCAAGGAACUGACCUCAUGCACAACCAUGUGCUCGCUGACUCCAACCUCAACGUGGUUGGUUUCCCUGGCAACCUGUCAUGUUCCGACCAGUCCGAAGAGUCGGAUUAUGAAAGUGUCUGGACUGCUCAUAGUCACAGGACUGGCUCGUUUUCUCGGUCCAGCAGGAAGGAUGUCCAAGUGUUGUUCCCGGAGGAGGAGAAGAUCAUAGUCGAGGAGACCAGGAGUAAUGGACAAACGGUGGUGGAGGAGAGGAGUCUGGUGGACACUGUGUACAGUCUCAAAGACGAGGUCCAGGAGCUCAAACAGGACAACAAAAGGAUGAAGAAGACACUGGAGGAAGAACAGCGAGCGAGAAAAGAGCUGGAGAGGAUCGUCAGGAGAGUUCUGAAGAACAUGAACGACCCAACCUGGGAUGAGACCAACCUUUGAAAUCGGUAUAUAUCUGAACCAGGGACCGGUUUCUAACCUUUAAAUGAUCAAACGAGAAUAACUCUUCAAACUUUUGUGGAAAGAAGCUGCCAAUCGUUCACGCUGCUCUUCACCGUAACUCCACCAUAACUUAGCCCUCCGUGUGCCAAACUGCGGACCAAGAGGAGAUGCCUGCCAGCCAUCAGCGAAGCCAUCCUAAGUGACCGUAAAGCUGUGAAGCCAUGACAGCUGGUAGGCAUGAAUGCAUCGUUGCUGUACUUUAUUUUUUAUUUUUUCAAUCAACCAUCAUUGAAGUGAUGGUUAUUUCAUUUACUCAUGUAUCUGUGUCUUUUUCCAGUUUUUGUAUAAAAUGUAACCAUUACUACACCAGUAUACACAUGAAAGUCCGUUUUGUUUGCCAUCAGGGUGCAUAAAUAUGUAGUUUGUACAAUUCCAAGAGAUGGAGAGCAGUCGAUAAAUGAAAUCUUCAGUAAUUAUUAUAAUAAUAAUAUGAACUAUUUUCCUUUUAAAUCAUAUAUGUCUGGCAUUAAACCUACAUUUACCAGCACUUAUAAGCUGCUUCUUUAGUUUUAAUCCCUUCAGGAGGAGGAGCAAAACAUUUUAGAGUGAUUUUCAAAAUGAUUUCAGCUGUGAUGAAAACGUUUUUGUUAAAUAUUUAAAAGCGGAGUACCAAAGUACUUUAUGGAAACACCAAUGGGAGUUUUUACUUCUUCAUACAAAUGAAUGUUUGAAAGGUCUCAAAAAAUUGAUAGAUGUUUGAAGAUACGAUUAAAUGACAGAAGAAUUGGAUGAGGAAUUUCUCAGGACUUAACAUGACGACUGAAAGUUCACGUUUCCAGCUCCGAAUUAAACAUUCAUUUCAAAUUUCACAAUCAAAGCAAUAUUUAAAAGGUAUACAAAACUUGAAAUUAAAUUGCCUUGGAGAUCGAUAACAAUCCCAGCAUUAAAGGUGCUACACUGCCUUUCGUUCAUCUUUAUAUCAGGUUCUGAUCAAUUUUGUGCUACCCAGGAAUAUCCUUCAUCACUUGAAAUAAUGCUUUUAAAAGUGUGUUUCUGUGCAUUUUCCGAGCCCUUUAAUGCAUGGUUGAUAUAUUUAAAAAAAACGAUAAAAUGCUGUGAACUUUUUAGGGGAAAAAGUAAUCAUCCUUAACUAAGAGAGGACUGAUCAAUUCACUAAUAAUGAUUUCUUAUCAUCCAAGUCAGGAAGAGGGCUGAUUUUGAAAGGUUGGAGAUAUGGAAAGGAGAGCUGCUCCAUUUUAUCGUUAUUUUGUGCCAUUCAGGCUUAAAAUCCAGGUCUAAGUGCAUCAUUCGUAACCAUGUCUGCACAUCGAACUCUCCAAACUAAACAUAUCAACCAGAUUUGAACCUGGAAAGCAGCCUUACGUCAAAUUUGAUUAAGAUUUAAAUCCAGCCAACAUUUCUUAAAAUAGUACUUCACAUACAAUGUUGUAGCUAAUUAAUUAAUUAAUGUUAUGUGCUAAAUCAAAGGCUUCAACUGGACCUGCAGAUAAAUACUGACGAGCCCCAGGGUUCCUAAAAUUCCCACCUCAUGCAUGAAAGGGCCAGAGUAAAACACCUCCCACCAUCCAUCGACAGCAUCCACUUGGGAAAUACAUAAAGUGCAUUUAUUAGAUGUGAAACAGCAUGAUUUAAACUAAAGUGAUGUUUUUAAAAGCUGACAGGACAACACUACAACCACUGCCUGUUUCACAAUCUUAAGUUCUAUGUGCUUUAAACUUUUCUGAACUUCUGGUACAACAAUCAAUACUUUUUGCUACUUUUCAAUAUUGUAAUUAACAGAUGGAUUUCAAAAUAAUGUCGAUGUGCGAUGCGAUUAUGUACAUUAUUGUUCAAAUCUCAUAUUAUGUCAUGUGUACUGUAAUAUAAAAGUUGUAUAAACUCCCACCGGCAAGAGGGCAAAGAAAAGGGUUAAAUUGAGCUUGUUUUUAUACAUGAACAAAAAUGCAGAGUGCAUGAACAAAUUGUAUGGAUACUGAACUGUUUCUGAGAUGUAUAACAGUAUUCAUGGACUAGUGAAAGGCAUCAUAGUUAGAGGCAGAGACUAUCAAAGCAAUUAAAAUGCACUGAACUGAUGCCACGGUCUCUGUUUGCUCAUAUAAGACCUCGAGUCACGUAAAUGAUGUCCAGAUACCAUUGCACUUCUUUAGAGGCUUAACCUCAACUUUUCCAGAUCUAUAUAUUCACGAUGAGACGCCUCAUUGCUCUCUUUCUAUCUCAAGACCAAAGUUAAAGCAAUAUUACACUGGAAACCUUUUAAUUUUUAUUAUGUCCAUAUGUAGAAUCAUUUUUGUCAUAAACAUAGUGUUUGUCAUCUUUUUUUUUACCGUGGCUUUGAUAUGCAACACUUAUUUUGUACUUGACCUUGUGGAGAUCAUUUGUACAGAGAAACAACAUAUUCCUCAUAAAAAUCAGGAAUUUGGAGAAAACAUUCCUCUAAAACGUAACCUGCAAAUUAUAUAUUACUAAAUGUAGAGCCAGAUUACUAUAAGCUAUAAAAUAAAAUAUGCCAAUUUCUUUCUCUUUUUUUGCUUUAAAUUAUGUAUUUAACUGGACCUGACUGUAAAUUCACUUUGUUCAGAUUGUUUUUUUUUUUAAGAUGAUUGCAGUAGUUACCAUGACAGGAACCCUCUCUAUUUAUUUCACCCAGUUGUCUGUGAGUAAAUAAAAUGUUGACUCAAACUUGGA